GGAUGGUCAAGAAAGUCCGCUAUAGAGUCGAGGUUGGUCCCCGACAUGCUCAAAUAUGCCAUCCUAUCACACAGAUGGGGAAACUCCGAGCCAACAUUUCAAGACUUGAAGUCGGACAAGCGCGAAGGAGCAGGUUAUGAGAAGCUGUAUCAGUUUUGCACAAAAGCGAAGGAGCUCUAUGAUUGCAGUCUCGCAUGGUCUGACACAUGCUGCAUUAAUAAGGAAAGCAGCUCGGAGCUCGAUGAAGCCAUACGUUCAAUGUACAGAUGAGACACUAGGAAUCGACGAGUGGUUCCUUCGCGGCUGGACGCCUGCAGGAGCUCCUUGCACCUCUUAGGAUGAAGUUCUACGGUCCUAAAUGGACAUCCCUGACAGAUAAUGAAAACGACAAGGACGACGCAGUGGUCAUCUAUGCUCUUUCCCGGGUUACAAAAAUCCCUGUGAAUCACCUGUGCAACUUUCGCCCUGGGCCAAACCGUGCCUGGGAGAAGAUGACCUGGGCUGCGAGCAGGAAGACAACCCGCAUCGAGGAUGUUGCCUACUCCCUCACUGGUAUCUUUGACAUCAGCAUGACAAUCGCAUACGGAGAAGGAGAUCGAGCAUUCCAAAGAUUCAUGGCAGAACUGAUUCAGAACUGCAAGGAAUGGCAAAUUCUUGUGUGGGCUGGCAGGCUUCCUGGUUGUCCAACGGAGCCUAGCUGUUACCGCACGACGAACGACACGGCAUUAGAUAUGCUCAAGAAUCGUCAAAUCUCGUGGUGGGGAGAGGGCUGUGGUGAUUCCGACUUCUCAAUUACAAAGCGUGGCAUACAGGUCAGACUACUCAUACUUCCUACCUCUGUUGACCAGAGCGAGUGGGACUUGACAUUCCUUUCCCGACCUGCAGGCCGCCGCUGGAUCUCACCACUCAAGAAGCUGGUCGUACAAUUUCACACUUUCCCCCCGGCAUCUACGACAGAAUGGGCGAUCGGGAUUGUCAACUAUCAUGAUCAUGAUGACCCCAACAAGGGAAUAUUGAAACAGAAGGAAAGUUAUAUAUGCUUCCUCUUGAAGCGGUUUCGUUGCCCUGGCAUGGAUACUGUACGAAAUCACUGGAGGAGGCAGAUCACGGAGGACAUUUUGACUGUUUCUUGCGCAAAUGACUUUGAGAAAAUUCUAGUGUGUGUCUGUUUAUAGGUGACGGAAUCGAGGUUGUGAAUUCAAUCUGGAGGAGUUAUGAACGGACUGCAGUAGUGACAAACUUCGUACUUUGUUAUUCGAUAAACGUUGACUUGAGUGUGACUGUGUGGUCUCCAAUCUGUGCGGAGGGCUACCAU